UUUAUGAGCUGUGAGCUGUUUAUUAGAAUUAAUCAAGGCUUACUGUGAUAUUUAUAUCUAAAAUACUAAUGGGAUGAUAGCUAACAGUGUUAACGAUCUUAAAACAUGAUGGCAGUGAGUUUUUUUUAAUGCCCUGAGUAAGUAUUUUCUACACAAAUGAAAUGCAAUAUACGCGAACUCGCUCUCUUGAGCGACAAACCUUGUGUGAUGGAAGGAAGACUCAAUUACAAGAAAAUUACGAACGGAGGAUACCGGAAUCAAGCAGCAGUGUUCAAAGAGAGGUGGUUUAGACUUAUAAACAAUUACUUAUUUUACUUCAAAAUAAGUGAAAUGGGUAAAUUUGAUACUAAGGUGCCUGCUGGUGUAUUUGUUAUGGAAAAUUCAUCAAUACAAAUGGAACAUGGACAGAACAUAUCAUUUUCAUUUUCUAUAUCCUUUAUAGAUGAACCAGAAAAGCGACAUUUAUUUGCAGCUCGUUCUGAAGAUAAUGUUGUCCAAUGGGUAAUGAAACUACGUGAAUGUUCCUAUGAAUAUCUACGCAACCGUUUGCACACUCUACAGUCUAAAAUCUAUUCUAUUACUGGAAAGGAUCCCCUGUUACUUGUACCAAGAAAUGAUGGUGCCUGUCUGUGGGCUCCCUCUGUGCCAUUCUCCACUGCUCCAGCUUGCACAAACAACACAAGUUCUUUUAGUUGUCAUCUCCACACUAAUGGUGCUUUUACACUUGAAAGAAGUAAAUCCGAUGUUGAGGCAUACAAACACAUUCAAGCAGAGUACACUAAGAGAACAAUUUUUUACACCGAUGAUCAAAAAGAAGAAAACAACAAAAAAGAGAAGAAUGAAAGUCACGGUUUUGCUUUAGAAAAAAGUAAAACUUCCGCUGUGUUUGCUUCAAGCAACCCUAUUGAUCUUUCAAUAUUUGACAACCGACCUGCUUACUCCAGGGCGGCGCCGAGUCCGCCCGUUAGAACGAAACUCUCUCCGUCGACGCGGCGCGCUGAACUCAAUCAAGAAGUGCGGGUAUUUAGGGAAAAAGGGAUGUACUUGGGAGUUACCGGAAUUUUAGAUGAGGUCCCCAUACCACCAAGAAGAAAAGUUUCACCAAAACCAGAAAGACAAAUAGACAAUUUAGUAAGUAAUACCAGUCAAGAAAAUUUAGCUGAUGAUGGGCCAAAAGAUCUUAUUCAAUUUUAAUUACUUUAUUUUUAUUAUUAAUUGUUCCCACCUAUUAAUUUUAUGCCCUUGCCCAUAGCAUCGAACAAAACAUUGACUAGUUUUAGUUCUUUUUAUCAUGACAUCAUUGCAUUUAGUU